AUGGCAGUAUUUAAAACAGCAUACGACAAGAAAGAAAGAUUUAUCACAGAAUCAGGUUUACCGGACAAAGCAAUCUACGAAUAUAAGCAUACAAAAGACGGAAAAGUACUGGUACUAGCGCCGGAGCGAGAACCAGUAUAUGAGAAAAUUCAAGUAAGCCUUGAAAGCUGCAAAAUUACAAACAUCAUGGAACGAGCAAUCAACGGCGACACGAGAGGCCUGCGGCCUGAGGGAAAUUAUAUCGAUGUAACCGAAAUGCCAAAAAACCUGAUGGAGGCGCAGCAAGCCAUCUUAGAAGCUAGAAACUACUUUAUGACCUUAGACGAAGAAACACGAGCAAAGUUUAAUAACUCGGCCGAUGUAUUUAUUAAUGCCUACGGGUCGCAGCCUUGGGCAGAGACCUUAGGCUUCAUGAGCACAGAACCGGACGCAGCUGCGCCGGAAGAUCCUGCACAUAUAUAUGUGGACGAUACUAAUCGAACUGGAUCUAAUGGCAGUAAUUACAUCACAGAUGCAGAACUAGGCGGUGAGCUGCUGCCUGUAGCAAAAUUUCACGAUUAUUUCACCAGCGCGCUGCCUGAUACACAGUUCGGACCGGGCGUAACUAUACCUAUCGGUGGAACAGCACCAGUAUACACCGCAGAAAAUGAAAUCGACAUCAAACAGCUGUUGGAAGAUGGUAAACUGAGCGUCUUAAAAUGGCAGAGACGAAACGGCGGCGGAACAAGCACCACAGCAGCAAGCUCAGGCUACCGCGCUAUUAUGACAGAUUCACCUACGCCGAGCAGCACCGGACAUUAUACAACCUAUAUUAAUAACAACGCGACAAUCUCCAGCAGCAAUGCAGACUUUAUCAUUCCUAGUAACCUGUGGGCAGACUUGGGAGAAACCAACAGCAUUAAUAUUGCAGCGCUUCGCCGCGCAUUCAGUAUCCAGCAAUGGCAAGAAGCAUUGGCACGCGGAGGAAAUCGAUACCACGAAAUCAUCCGCAGUAUCUUUAAUACGAUUAGCCCGGACGCAAGACAACAGAUGCCAGAAUAUCUUGGCGGCUUCCGAAUGCCUAUCAAUGUAACCUCUGUACUGCAGACUAGCAGCACUGACGCAACAACGCCUCAGGGAAACGAAGCAGGAUACUCCAUUACAACAACUCAGCCGGCGGGAAACACCUGUUUACCUACAGUGCAACGGAACAUUGCCGCGUAUAUAUACUCGGAUGUGUAA